AUGGCUACCGACAAGGGGCUUGAGGACAUCGAGCAGUCCCAGAUCGAGUCUAACUAUGACGAGACCGUCGACUCGUUCGACGAGAUGAACCUCCGCUCCGAGUUGCUGCGAGGUGUCUACGCGUACGGUUUCGAGCGCCCCUCUGCUAUCCAGCAGCGCGCCAUCAUGCCAGUCAUCAAGGGUCACGAUGUUAUCGCGCAGGCCCAGUCUGGUACCGGCAAGACCGCGACGUUCUCCAUCUCUGUCCUCCAGAAGAUCGACCCCGCCGUGAAGCAAUGCCAAGCUCUGAUUCUGGCUCCUACCCGCGAGCUUGCGCAGCAGAUUCAGAAGGUCGUUGUCGCCAUCGGUGACUUCAUGAACAUCGAGUGCCAUGCCUGCAUCGGUGGAACCAGUGUCCGUGAGGACAUGAAGGCUUUGCAGGAUGGACCUCAGGUCGUUGUCGGCACGCCUGGUCGUGUCCAGGACAUGAUCCAGCGACGAUUCCUCAAGACUGACGGCAUGAAGAUGUUUGUUCUCGACGAGGCUGACGAGAUGCUUUCCCGCGGUUUUACCGAACAGAUCUACGACAUCUUCCAACUGCUCCCCCAGUCGACCCAGGUGGUUCUGCUUUCGGCCACCAUGCCCCAGGAUGUCUUGGAGGUCACUACCAAGUUCAUGCGCGAGCCUGUGCGCAUUCUGGUGAAGAAGGACGAACUUACCCUCGAGGGUAUCAAACAAUUCUACAUUGCUGUUGAGAAGGAGGAAUGGAAGCUCGACACACUUUCCGACCUCUACGAAACCGUCACCAUCACCCAGGCUGUCAUCUUCUGCAACACCCGCAGAAAGGUUGAUUGGCUUACCGACAAGCUGACUGCCCGUGACUUUACUGUCUCUGCCAUGCACGGCGAUAUGGACCAGUCGCAGCGCGACCUUAUCAUGAAGGAGUUCCGCUCGGGUUCUUCUCGUGUUCUGAUCGCCACCGAUCUGCUCGCCCGCGGUAUCGAUGUUCAGCAGGUGUCCCUGGUUAUCAACUACGAUCUCCCCGCCAACCGCGAAAACUACAUCCACCGCAUCGGUCGCGGCGGCCGAUUCGGCCGAAAGGGUGUGGCUAUCAACUUUGUCACGGCCGAGGACGUGCGCAUGAUGAGAGAAAUCGAGCAGUUCUACAGCACCCAGAUUGAGGAGAUGCCGAUGAACGUGGCCGACCUCAUCUAA